UUCUUUCUUACAGUCACAACACGCACUAAAAUUAAUGUAUGAGAAACAAAACAGAUAUGCAAAAUAAGUAAGCAUUCCAUAAUAUAUAAUCCCUCUCCCUCUCUCGCCUUCCCUAAAAGUGUAGUGUAAGCCAACAAACGCAUUUCCAAAUCAUCUCUCCUCUCUCUGUGUCUGCGUCGAGAGCAAAACUUCACCAUCAAUGGCGUAAAGAAAUACUAAUAGGCUUGCGUAUACCGGAAACAUUGAAAGCUAAAGUUCGAACCUACCCGUAUUAAUUUUAAUAGAAGGUUGUUGAUAGUGUUAAAAUAGAAGACAGAAGAUUUUAGGGAGGCGGGAUUUUUGAUUUUUUUUUUUUUUGGGAUUUUUUUUUCUGGGUUUUGUGUUUACAUGUUUAUGAGGAGUGAAGAAGAUAGAGACAGUCAACCUGGGAAAGGCAGGUGCUUAUUUGUUGGACGGAAGGAUAUUUGAUUGUAUCCAUGAAAUCACUGCGGCUUUCGCUUUCGCUAGGAUGAGCGAUUCUGCUUAUAAAGUUGAAACUACUUCGCGUCUUGCCCAAUGGAGGAUAGACAAUCUUGCUUCCUGUACUUAUCGCAAAUCCGAUCCUUUCAAGAUCGGCAAGUGGAAUUGGCAUUUAUCAGUGGAGAAGAACAAAGUAUUAUUUGUUAAAUUGUACCCAGAGAUAUCAAACCUUACCAGAGAAAAUCCCCCAAUUGCUUCGUUCGUUAUUCGAGUUGUUUGCUCUGUUGGAGACCGCAAUACCUUGACUCAUCCAGAGAUCACAGACAAGCAGCUCAAGAGUAACGACGAUUUUGUUUGGCAAAUUGAGGUUCCAUUAACUGGGAAAUUCAUCAUUGACGUUGAAUUUCUUGAUUUGAAGACAGCAUCUCCAGACGGAGGAGAGCCUUGCUCAAUCUGGGCGGAAGGAUUUGGAAAAAAGCAAUCAAAUGCAACAGCUCUUGCAUCCCUUGGUCGAAUGUUAACAGAAAGCAUCCAUACAGACAUUAGGAUUAAUGCUUCUGAUGGAAGCAUUGGAGCCCAUCGUGCUGUUCUUGCCGCAAGAUCACCUGUUUUCGAGAGCAUGUUCGCACAUGACUUGAAAGAGAAAGAACUGUCUACCAUAAAUAUCUCUGACAUGUCAAUUGAAGCUUGCCAGGCAUUUCUCAAUUACAUUUACGGAAUUAUCCAGCAUGAAGAAUUUCUUGUCCACCGUCUGGCUCUUCUCCGAGCCGCUGAUAAAUAUGAUGUUGCUGACUUGAAAGAGGCAUGCCAUGAAAGUCUUCUGGAGGAUAUAGAUGCAAAGAAUGUUCUUGAGAGGCUACAGAGUGCAUCUCUGUAUCAGCUACCGAAAUUGAAGACAUGUUGUAUGCGAUAUCUUGUGAAGUUUGGUAAGAUAUUCGACAUUCGAGAUGAUUUCAAUGCUUUCAUGCAUUGUGCAGAUAGGGACCUGAUAGCCGAAGUUUUCCAUGAAGUUCUUAAUGCUUGGAAAGGAUUCUAAGACUCUGGCAGUUACACAAAAAAGAAAGUGUGUUCAAGUCGUUUGUAUCUUACAACGUCCACAAAAGUGGGUGAUUAGAAGGAUUAAUGUCCAAAAAAAUGGGUGAUUGGAAAGAUUAAUGUGGGUAAUUUGUUGUCAUUAAGAUAAUUCUUUGAUCUGAAUGAAUUUGUUAUCAUGUUCAUACAUGUCCGGUUUCAGGACAUAGACGAAAGGUUUGUCCUGUAUUCAUGAAUGCUUGAUUGAAAUGAAAUGCAAUGAAAACGUAAAUGAUUUGUUAUUGGAA